GAGAGUGUGUGAGAGUAAGGGAGAGGAGAUGCACAGCAGACUCGGUGCCUCUGACUGUGCCAGUGAGGUUGUUUGUGGGAGAGCAGAGCAGCGUCUCCUGGCUCCGGCUCCAGGGCCACAGGGACUAGUACCACCACCACCACCACAGCAACAGCAACAGCAACGGCAGCGGCAGCUACAGCAGCAGGACCCAGAGCAGCAGGAGCAGUGGAGGGGGCGGCAGGGAACAUGUCCCAGCCCCAGUCCCACUCCCAGGCUGCGGGCAAGGGCCCGUCCAAGAAAGCCGGCAUCCGCGCGGCCGUGAUCCUCAUCGGACUCCUGCACAAGUCCCGGCGGCAGAAGGAGAGAGAGAGGGAGAGAGAGAGAGAGAGGGAGAAGGAGAGGGAGAAAGAGGGAGAGGAGAGUGAGUGGAAGCAAGAACUGCUGAACAUCUCAAAUACUCCCCUGGGAGAAUGCCCACCAUCUCCCCCCCGCACGGCACCACCCACCAUGAAGUCGGCAGAGUUCUUCGACAUGCUGGAGAGGAUGCAGAUCCCCAUGGCCGAGGAGACUAAACCGACCCAGAGGCAUAAGGAUGACUACAUCCCCUACCCCCGGAUAGAAGAUGUUCUGGAGAAGGGCGGCCCCUACCCGCAGGUCAUCCUCCCCCAGUUUGGGGGCUACUGGAUCGAGGACGCCGAGGCCCCCGUGGGCACCCCCACCUCGUCGGACAGCAGCUUCUGCGAGGAGGACGACUGGGAGGGCAUGAGCCCCGGUGGCGGCUUCGGCUACCGGCUGGAGUGCAACAGCAUGGCGCGGGCCUACCGCAAGCACUUCCUGGGCAGGGAGCACCUAAACUACUACUGCACAGCUAGCAGUGUUGGCAACCUCAUAAUGUCCCUGAAACACGAGGAGGCUGAGGGUCAGGAGUUCCUGCGCAUCAUUCUGAGGUCAAAGACGAAGACGCUCCACGACAGGAUCUCCCUUGCUGGGCUAACACAACUACCUAGUGUGCCACAGAUAGCCAAGCUGCUCUGUGAGGAUGUCACCGGCCUGAAGUUCAAUCCAGUCCUCUACCCCAGGGGGUCGCAGCUGAUUGUAAGCUACGACGAACACGAGGUCAACAACACCUUCAAGUUCGGUGUCAUCUACCAGAAGUUCGGCCAGACUUCAGAGGAAGAGCUGUUUGGCAACAACGAGGAGACGCCGGCCUUCACCGAGUUCCUUGGCAUCAUGGGAGACACCAUCGAGCUCCAGGAUUUCAAAGGGUUCCGUGGUGGGCUGGAUGUGUCUCACGGUCAGACAGGAACGCAGUCAGUGUACACAACCUUUCGCCAGAGGGAAAUCAUGUUCCACGUCUCCACAAAGCUGCCCUUCACAGAGGGAGAUGUCCAACAGCUCCAGAGGAAGAGGCAUAUUGGGAAUGACAUCGUGGCGACGGUCUUCCAGGAGGAUGCUACUCCCUUUGUCCCCGAUAUGAUUGCCUCCAACUUCCUCCAUGCCUAUGUACUGGUCCAAGUGGAAAACCCCUGCACUGAUCACACCACCUACAAGGUGUCAGUCACGGCGAGGGAGGACGUGCCCGCGUUUGGCCCCCCUCUCCCCAACCCUGCCGUGUUCAAAAAGGGGCCUGAGUUUCGCGACUUCCUGCUGACUAAACUGAUGAAUGCGGAGAACGCCUGCUAUAAAUCUGACAAGUUUGCCAAGCUGGAGGGUCGCACACGGGCAGCACUCUUGGACAACCUCCACGACGAGCUGCACAGGCAGACCCAGGCCACGCUGGGACUGGGCUCGGCUGGAGAUGAGGACAAGCUGGAGAACGGAGGCCACGGCGGCCUGCUGGAGUCCUUUAAGAGGGCCAUGCGUGUGCGCAGUCACUCCAUGGAGACGAUGGUGGGGGCCCAUCGGCACAGGAGCCCGGGGGUCGGAGGGGGCGUCCCAGCCAGCCUCAGUGGAGGUGGACUCCCACAGAGCAACACAGAGUGCACCAAGAGCACCUUCACGCCCCCUGUCCUCUCAGCCAAGUCUCCCCUGAAAAGCCCGGUGAAGCGCCGCUCGGGUCUCUUCCCCCGGCUCCACUCCAGCACCGACAGCCCGGCCAGCCACUUCCGCAGUGACCCAAAGAUGUCAGAGGUGUGCUCACACACACAAGAGGGGAGGUCAGAGACAUCGUCCAAUCCGAGCUCCCCAGAGAUCUGUCCAAACAAGGAGAGGCCCUUCAUGAAGCUGAAGGAGGGCAGCAGCAGGGCCAACAUCUCACGCUCCUCCUCCAGCACCAGCAGCUUCAGCAGCACCACCGGGGAGGGCGAGGCCCUGGAGGAGCUGGACGCGAGCAGUCAUCCAUCCACAGCCUCCUCAGUCUUCAGCCCCUCCCUGAGUGUGGACAGCCAGACGUCAAGCACCCCUCUCAUCAUGUGCCGUAGCCCCACAGCAGAUGGGAAGAGUAAAACAUCGCCCAGGUCAAACUUGAAGUUCCGCUUUGACAAGCUGAGUCACUCUACAACGGGUCAUUAGUACUGUGCUGCAUGGAUUGAAGGUUGCGUGGAACCGGUACUGUCAGAGCCAGUGUCUAUAGAUGGAGGAGGAAUCUUGGCGUCUGGAUUUGCCAUCCCAGUGAGAAUGCCUCCUCUCAGAGCGUUCUACUGAGCGUCCUUCACAGAGUCUAUUUCACAUUCUCACAAGGCAACGACUCCCAGAGCAUUCCUUCCCUGCACGAUCCUGCAGCUACACACUGACUGACUGGGGAAAAGAGAGGGCAAACGCUUGCAGUCUUAAUGGUCUGAUCUUUUUUUUUUUUUUACUAAAUGUGCUGCAUCUUUUUGAAGAAAAGUGUCUGUCACAGAGCUAAUAUUGCUUUUACGAAACUGUGCCUCAGUCUGUGUCUCAUAAAGCCCAUUAGCUUCUUUCUUUGGAGUCUUUUCUACAAGCCUUAGAUCAAUAGAACACUCUCCAGGUGCACUCUCUGCUCCGUGCCACGACAAGGUGAACACACACACACACACACACACACACACACACACACACACAAAAUGUUUUGCUAUUUCAUUUUUUUCUGUGCGUGUGUGUUUGUGUCUUCUGUGUUUUCACAAACAAUGAUUAUAAUGUGAUGUGUGACAACAGACUUCUUUUCCUGUAAAAUAUUGUCUUUGGAUUCUGAUCUCCAUUCGGCACUUAGAGCAGUAGAGCGCCUCCUAGAGGUGAGCUGCGGCUGAGACCUGAGAUCCUUCCCUCCUCUUUGUAAGGCCCUUGUGUGCACAGGGGCUCCGUGCCGAUUAUAUCCAUUACAACCCGUCAGCAGCUAAUCAGGACGAUAAGCUAAAAAGAAAAGCACACGAAAGAGAGAAAAACAUGAGCUGAUGAAUAUGUCUUUAUUGCUCUUUGCUUAAGUGAAAAUGUUAGAAAAAAAUAUACGCUACUUACUCUGCAGCUUAACUGUGUAGAGGACACAACAGAUUACAUGGCGCACAGUGCUGUAAAUGUUUAACGAUUGUAUUGUGGACCACUAUUUUUAAAUGUUUUUUUCCCCCUCAGUGCUUUGUGUUCAGCAGUGGCGCGUAUAGCCUAAUGAAUAUGUGUUGAGUCUGAUUCCGUACCAUGUUUGGCCUUUAAUGUUGCUUGUGCUUGUCUUACUCAGCCAAAGUGAAGGUCUUCUCUCAUAUUCUGAGGCGCAGGUUAAAAAUACCCCUGAGUUCAUUUGCGCUAUACUCUCACUAUGUGAGAAGUUGACCUGGGGAGUUCUACAUAGAUGCUUACAUGUAACAUGGAUUUGUAAUCCUUUGGGACAUUGUGAGUAUAUUGGAAAUCUUGUUUUUGAACAGGGAUUUAAAGCUCUGUGUAUAUCACAGCAGUUUGGUAAAAUAUUGCACUUGUGCAUUUUUGUGUGAGAGAAUCAGGACGAAACCUAAAACAGUCUGAAUAGCUGACAAACCCCGUCCUUUAUUAGCAACUCAGUAGCCUCAUUUUCAAGAAGAAAAAAAGGAUAUAAUUGAUUCUUACUGAAAACACAGAGCUCAAUGUGUAAAUGCCAUGGUGUAAAAGAAUUGUAGUAAACAUUCAAAUCAGCGGGAGAUAGGGAUUUGAUGUCAUUGAAAAUCAUGAUAUUUCACCAAGCACAUCAGGAGAAUGCUAUGCAAAGUAAUGAUCUGGUCUAGCAUCAGGUUAAGGGGACCUGAUAAACUUGUACAUGUGAGCAGAGGAAUCCAAAUGUCUGAGAGAAGUUUGACUGAAAAGCCUUUGCGCAAAUAUGGAAUAAAAGCCCACAUUCUGCAUUGUAGAUAUAGCUUUCUGACUGUUUUUGUUGUAUACACUGAUGUUGUGAUGAAUGCAUCCCUCAAAGAGACAGGGAAGUCUUCGCCAUAUUGUGCACAUGUUGAACAGUGGAGACAGAGAGGCGUGGUCAUUUCCUGUGUGCCCAAGGUUUGUGGGGGAGAACAGUGUCCAUUGCUGCACCCGAUUUCUAUUGUAGGACUGAGCAAAAGCGUGUGUCAAUAUUUCAGCUUUCCACAGAGAAUUAUGUCCACUUGUUUUAAUGUAAAGGGUGUUAUACAUACAACACCCUCAGAAUCAUAUUGUUCAUGAAGAUAUAAUUUAUUGAUUUUCACAUUUGUGUUGUCAUGUAAAAUAUAAUUGCAAAGUACAUCUUAAGAGUGAAUUAAGGGAAAUAAUUAUUUAAAAGGAAUACAUAUGUAUAUGUAUAUUUGGUUAUGUAAUGUACCAUUAAGAAUUUAUUAUGAAAUAAAAAUGUUGUAUUUUG